AUGGGGAGCAGCCGGCCGCGCACCAAGGACUUCUUCGCAGCUCCGACGCUCUCCCUCUCGCUCGCAGGUGCGUUUGGCAGGAAUGUUCCGGCGGCGACGAGCGGCGAAGAAGUGGAAGAAGGCGACGAGGGGGACGGCGGGAUCAGAGAUGAGCAUCUGGGUAAGGAGGUGGAGAUCAGUAGCGAGAACACGGGGCAGGGAAGCCAGUCAGGUGACGGGGAAGAAGAAGAUCAUUACGAUGGGGGUAAUAGGAAGAAGAGGAGCAGGAAGAGCUACCACAGGCACACCGCUGAGCAAGUUAGGAUCAUGGAAGGGGUAUUCAAAGAGUCGCCACAUCCAGAUGAAAAGCAGCGGCAGCAACUGAGCAAGCAGCUAGGACUGUCUCCACGGCAAGUCAAGUUCUGGUUUCAGAACCGACGAACUCAGAUCAAGGCGAUUCAGGAGCGGCACGAGAACUCGCUGCUCAAGUCGGAGCUGGAGAAUCUCCACAAGGAGAUCCGCGCCGUGAGAGAGCAGAACAAGAGACCACUACACUGUGCCAACUGCGGCGUCGCAGCAGGCUCGGGCGGUGACUUCGACGCUGCCGCGUCCAACAAAGAGCAGCAGCUGCAGCUAGAGAACGCCAGGCUCAGAGCAGAGGUAGAGAAGCUACGAGGGAAGCAAGAAAAAGCCGCGGCCGACGGAGCCAUCUCCCCGGCCUCGCCGCCGUUCUGCACCGGCACCAUCCAGACGAAGGACAACCGGAGUCCGCUGGAAGUUUACGGCGGCGGACUCACGGGCCGUGACAAGCAGAGCAUCUUGGAGCUGGUUGGCCGCGCGCUGGAGGAGCUGAAGACGAUGUCUUCCUCCGGUGAGCCUCUGUGGGUGCGGAGCGUGGAGACCGGCCGGGACAUUCUGAACUACGACGAGUACGUGCGCUUGUUCCGGCGUGAUGAUGACGAUGCCGGCGAUCUGGAUCAGCGGGGCGCGUGGUCGGUCGAGGCGUCGAGGGAAAGCGGGGUUGUUUACCUUGACACGACGCAGCUCGUGCAUGCUUUCAUGGAUGCGAACCAAUGGAAAGAGCUAUUCCCUUCCAUGAUCGCAAAGGCGUCGACGCUCGAUGUGAUCCGUUCAGGCGAGGACAACGACCAAGACGGCGUCGUUCAACUGAUGCUUGCAGAGGUUCAGACACUGACACCGAUGGUACCCACAAGGGAGCUCUGCUUCGCCCGCUACUGCAAGAAGCUGGCCCCGGAGAAAUGGGCCAUCGUGGACGCGUCCUUUGGCAAGGCCGGAGGCGGCGCCGACGCGUCCUCGCCGGUGAUCACGUCCUGGAAGAACGCCUCGGGAUGCAUCAUCGAGGAGCAGACAAACGGUCAUUCCAGGGUGACCUGGGUUGAGCACGCCAAACACCGUGAGCCCGCCGUGGUUCCGUCGACGUACAGGGCGGUCACCGCGAGCGGCCUGGCGUUCGGCGCGAGGCGCUGGCUGGCGGCGCUCCGGCUCCAGUGCGAGAGGAUGGUCUUCUCGGUGGCGACUAACGUCCCGACGAGGGACUCCAACGGGGUCUCCACGCUCGCGGGCAGGAGGAGCGUCCUGAAGCUGGCGCACCGGAUGACGUUGAGCCUCUGCCGCGUCAUCGGCGGGUCGCGUGACCUGGCGUGGAGCAGGGCGCCGAGAGCCGGCGCCGGCGACGUCUGGCUGACGUCUCGGAGGAACGCCGGCGACCCCGGCGAGCCGCAGGGGCUGAUCGCCGUUGCCGUGCUGUCCACGUGGCUCCCGGUCAGCCCCAAGGCUCUCCUGGAUUUCCUGAAGGACGAAUCGCGUCGACCAGAGUGGGAUGUCACGCUGCACGGACGUGCUGUUCAGAGUCGCGUGAGCGUGGCGAAGGGGAAGGACCGUGGCAACUGCGUCACCGCCUACGCUCCCACAUCGGCAGAAGAACAGAGCGGCGGCGCGUGGAUCGUCCAGGACGUGUGCACCAACUCGUGCGAGUCGAUCGUCGCGUACGCGCCGGUCGACGCCGCCGUCCUGCAGCCGGUCAUCGGCGGGCACGACUCGAGCGGCGUCGCCGUCCUGCCGUGCGGUGUCGGGAUCAUGCCGGACGGGCUGGAGUUCAGGCCCGCGGUGAUCACCUCCAGGAAGGAAGACGGCGUGGCCGGAGCUGCGGGGUCCCUCGUCACUGUUGCGUGCCAGGUCCUCGCCAGCUCGUCGCCGAUGGCCGCGCUUUCGCCGGAGUCGGCGGAGACCGUGACGAGUCUGGUGUCCUGCACGCUGCGCGACAUCAGGAAAUCCUUGGGGUGCUAAGACCGCUGACAGCACUCAGAGCCUUGAGUAAAGCUAAAAAAUGGUGUACAGUACAUCUUUGCUUAGCUACAUGGACGUGUUGGUUGAUAAAAUUGGAGUUUGUAGAACCGUAAAUGAAAGUUCAGUCAUAGUUAAGAA